CUGCCCGUUCCUACAGCGCUUUCUUCGGCUAUCCAGAGAGGACUCAGUCACCAGUGUCACCCAUUACCCAGAGAAAGCUGGAUACUGGAUAACGGCCUGGUGAAAUAGAGGAAAUAGAGUCCUCUGCCUUCAACCCCUCCUUUGCCUCUCUGUAUGGCAGAGCCGCUUCCGUGUGAUGACCUUGUAGACACACCGCUUGGACGUCGCAGUGACCGGAGCAGCCAACCACCACCACCAUGUUCAACUUCAAGAAGGACAAAGAGAAGGAUGGCGCGCGCAAGGACAAGAAGGACAAGAAGGACAAGAAGGAGCGCAUGUCGGCCGCCGAGCUGCGCAGCCUGGAGGAGAUGAGCAUGCGCCGGGGCUUCUUCAACCUCAACCGGGGCUCCAAGCGCGACUCCAAGAACAAGCUGGAGAUCUCCAACCCCAUCCCCAUCAAGGUGGCCAGCAGCAUGGAGCUGAGCUUGACCGACAUCGAGUCGGACGGCCUGAGCAACCGCAGCAGCAUGGUGCUGGACAUGGACCAGCUGAGCGCGGCGAGCUCCAGCGACGACCUGAAGGGCGACUACGGCGGCGGCGACCCGCGGGACGGCCAGCUCCGCAGCUCGGUGAAGGAGCGGGCGUCUCGCUUCGGCUCGCUGGCGGCCAUCCCGGGCUCGCAGGUGGCCGGGCAGAUCAUGAAGCGCUUCUCGUUCUCCCAGAGGAGCAAGGAGGAGAGCCCGUCCGAGGGCUCCACGCCGUCCGGCCAGAACUCGGCCGCGCCGUCCCCGCAGGUGGAGACCAAGGUGUUUGACCCGCAGCGCAAGCAGAGCCUCCACAACCAGCACCGGGCGUCGCUCCCGCCGCCGCCCGGCCCCCCGAAGAGGCUGCGCAUCCCGGAGGUGGUGGACAAGACGUUCGCGGCGGACCUGCGUCUCCCGGUGGUGAUCCCGCCGCACACGCCGGAGGCCCGCGAGCUGGAGCUGCAGCGGCGCAACACGGGCGACUUCGGCUUCUCGCUGCGCCGCACCACCAUGCUGGACCGCGGCGCCGACGGCGCCGUCUACCGCCGCGUGGUCCACUUCGCCGAGCCCGGCGCCGGCACCAAGGACCUGGCGCUGGGCCUGGUGCCGGGCGACCGGCUGGUGGAGAUCAACGGGCGCAACGUGGAGAACAAGAGCCGCGACGAGAUCGUGGAGAUGAUCCGGCAGUCGGGCGACACGGUGCGCCUCAAGGUGCAGCCCAUCCUGGAGCUGAGCGAGCUGAGCCGCUGCUGGCUCCGGAACACCGAGGGGCUGCGGCGCGAGGCCUUUGAUGUGAAGACCGAAGAGCAGAUCGCCGCGGAGCAGGCAUGGUACGGCUCCGAGAAAGUGUGGCUGGUCCACAAGGACGGCUUCUCCCUGGCUACGCUGCUGAAGACCGAGGCUGGCAGCCUGCCGGAGGGCAAAGUGAAGAUCAAACUGGAGCAUGACGGGACGGUGCUGGACGUGGACGAGGAUGACGUGGAGAAGGCAAACCCUCCGUCGUUUGACCGCUCAGAGGACCUGGCGUCGCUGCUGUACCUGAACGAGUCCAGCGUCAUGCACACCUUGCGCCAGCGCUACGGGGGCAACCUCAUCCACACCCACGCCGGGCCCAACAUGGUGGUCAUCAACCCCAUCAGCGCCCCCUCCAUGUACUCCGAGAAGGUCAUGCACAUGUUUAAGGGUUGUCGGCGGGAGGACACGGCCCCUCACAUCUACGCCGUGGCGCAGUCGGCCUACCGCAACCUGCUGACCACGCGCCAGGACCAGUCCAUCGUGCUGCUGGGCAAGAGUGGCAGUGGCAAGACCACCAACUGCCAACACCUGGUGCAGUACCUGGUCUCCAUCGCUGGCAGCACUGGCAAGAUCUUCUCAGCGGAGAAAUGGCAGGCAGUCUACACCAUCCUGGAGGCCUUCGGGAACAGCGCCACGGCCAUGAACGCCAACGCCAGCCGCUUCUCCCAGAUCGUCUCUCUGGACUUUGACCAGGCCGGCCAGGUGGCCUCCGCCUCCAUCCAGACCAUGCUGCUGGAGAAGCUGAGGGUGACGAAGCGCCCGGAGGCCGAGUCCACCUUUAAUGUGUUUUACUACAUGAUGGCUGGAGCCGACAGCACGCUCAGGACCGAGUUGCAUUUCAACCACUUUGCCGAGAACAGCGCCUUUGGAAUCGUGCCUCAGUCGAAGCCUGAGGACAAACAGAAGGCUGCUCAGCAGUUCACCAAGCUGCAGGCGGCCAUGAAAGUGCUGGGCAUCUCGGCCGAUGAGCAGAAAGCCCUCUGGCUCAUCCUAGGGGCCAUCUACCACCUGGGCGCCGCUGGGGCCACCAAAGCCGGACGCAAGCAGUUUGCCCGUCACGAGUGGGCGCAGAAGGCCGCCUACCUGCUGGGCUGCACGCUGGAGGAGCUCUCGUCCUCCAUCUUCAAGCACCAGGCCAAGGGCACCCUGCACCGCUCCGCCUCCUUCCGUGGGGGGCCGGACGACCUGGGCUCUGGGGACAGCUCAGGGCCCAAGACCACAGCGCUGGAGUGUCUGGAGGCCAUGUCAUCGGCCCUCUACUCUGAACUCUUCACUCUCGUCAUCUCCCUCGUUAACCGAGCGUUGAAGGCGAGCCAGCACUCCCUGUGUUCGCUGCUCAUUGUGGACACGCCAGGGUUCCAGAACCCACGCCUUGCCAAAAGUGCGCGCGGCGCCACCUUUGAGGAGCUCUGCCACAACUACGCCCAGGAGCGCCUGCAGACCCUCUUCCACGAGCGCACCUUUGUGCAGGAGCUCGAGCGCUACAAGGAGGAAAACAUAGAGCUUGCGUUAGAUGACAUAGAGCUCGGUACAUCUAUGUCUGUAGCUGCUGUAGACCAAGCCUCGACUCAAGCGCUGGUGCGUACCUUGGCCCGCACCGAUGAGGCUCGUGGACUGCUGUGGCUGAUGGAGGAGGAGGCCGUGCUGCCCGGCGGCUCGGAGGAGACGCUGCUGGACAGACUCUUCAGCUACUACGGCUCCUCAGAGGGAGACGGCAAAGGUAACACCCUCCUCCUGAAGAGCGACAAGCCGCAUCACUUCCUGCUCGGCCACGGGCACGGCACGGACUGGGUGGAGUACAACAUGCAGGGCUGGCUGUGCCACGCCAAGCAGAACCCGGCCUCCCAGAACGCCGCCACCCUGCUGCAGGACUCCCAGAAGAAGAACAUCAGUGGCCUGUUUAUGGGUCGCUCCGGCGGGGCCACGGUGCUGUCGGGCUCCAUCGCCGGCCUGGAGGGCGGCUCCCAGCUGGCCCUGCGCCGGGCCACCAGCAUGAGGAAGACCUUCACCACCGGCAUGGCCGCCGUCAAGAAGAAGUCCCUCUGCAUCCAGAUCAAGCUCCAAGUGGAUGCGCUGAUUGACACGGUGAGGAGGUCCAGGGUGCACUUCGUCCACUGCCUGCUGCCCAAAGCCGACGCCCUGAGCGCCGACCUGAAGCUGCUCGGGGGCCCGUCGCCCCGCGGCGGCGAGGCCGAGCCCCACGGCGAGAGCUGCGACACGGGCCUGAUGCAGCUGGACGUGGGCCUCCUGAGAGCGCAGCUCCGGGGCUCCAAGCUGCUGGACGCCCUGAGGAUCUACAGGCAAGGUUACCCGGACCACCUGGUCUUCUCCGAGUUCCGCCGGCGCUUCGACGUCCUGGCCCCGCACCUGUCCAAGAAGCACGGACGCAACUUCAUCGUGACCGACGAGAAGCGGGCGGUGCAGGAGCUGCUGGAGUCCCUGGAGCUGGAGAAGAGCAGCUAUCACAUGGGACUGAGUCGGGUGUUCUUCCGGGCGGGGGUCCUGGCCAAGCUGGAGGAGCAGCGAGACAUCCAGACCCGGCGGAACAUCACCCUCUUCCAGGCGGCCUGCCGGGGCUACCUGGCCAGACAGUCCUUCAAGAAGCGCAAGAUCCAGGACCUGGCCAUCCACUGCAUCCAGAAGAACAUCCAGAAGAACCGCGGGGUGAAGGGCUGGCCCUGGUGGAAGCUCUUCACCAACGUGCGCCCGCUCAUCCAGGUGCAGCUCAGCGAGGAGCAGAUCCGCGGCAAAGACGAGGAGAUCCAGCAUCUGAAGGGCAAACUGGAGAAGGUGGAGAAGGAGAGGAACGAACUGAGGCUCAACAGCGAUCGCCUGGAGAGCAGGAUUACAGAGCUGUCGUCGGAGCUUGCUGAUGAAAGGAACACAGGCGAUUCGGCCUCACAGCUGCUGGAGUCAGAGACCUCAGAGAGACUGCGCCUGGAGAAGGACAUGAAGGACUUUCAGGCCAAGUUUGACAGCAUGAAGAAGCAGAUGGAGGUGAUGGAGAUGGAGGUGAUGGAGGCUCGGCUCAUCCGCGCCUCCGAGCUCAACGGCGAGAUGGACGAUGAUGACACUGGGGGCGAGUGGAGGCUGAAGUACGAGCGCGCCAUCAGGGAGAUCGAGUUCACCAAGAAGAGGCUGCAGCAGGAGUUUGAUGACAAGCUGGAGGUGGAGCAGCAGAACAAGAGGCAGCUGGAGAGAAGGCUGACUGACCAGCAGGCGGACACGGAGGAGGUGCAGCGCGUGGCGGCGCAGCUGAAGAAGAAGUGCCAGCGGCUGACCGCCGAGCUGCAGGACACCAAGCUGCACCUGGAGGGACAGCAGAGCCGCAACCACGAGCUGGAGAAGAAGCAGCGCAAGUUUGACUCUGAGCAGACGCAGUCUCAGGAGGAGGUGCAGAGGGAGAGGACUCAGAGGGAGAAACUGAGCCGAGAGAAGGACAUGCUGACUGGAGAGGUCUUCAGCCUCCGGCAGCAACUGGAGGAUAAGGACCUGGAGAUGUGCGCUCUGAACCUGAAGGUGGAGCAGCUGGAGGCAGAGCUGCAGGACCUGUCGUCGCAGGAGACCAAGGACGAGGCCUCGCUGGCCAAGGUCAAGAAGCAGCUGCGCGACCUGGAGGCCAAGGUCAAGGAUCAGGAGGAAGAGCUGGACGAGCAGGCUGGCACCAUUCAGAUGCUGGAACAGGCCAAGCUUCGUCUGGAGAUGGAGAUGGAGAGGCUGAGGCAGACCCACUCCAAGGAGAUCGAAAACAAGGACGAGGAGGUGGAGGAGAUCAGACAGUCCUGCAGCAAGAAGCUGAAGCAGAUGGAGGUGCAGCUGGAGGAGGAGUACGAUGACAAGCAGAAGGUGCUCCGCGAGAGGAGAGAGCUGGAAUCCAAGCUGCUAGCCGCCCAGGACCAGGUGAGUGUCCGAGACGUGGAGACAGAGAAACGCCUGAGGAAGGACCUGAAGCGCACCAAAGCCCUGCUGGCCGACGCCCAGAUCAUGCUGGACCACCUAAAGAACAACGCCCCCAGCAAGAGGGAGAUCGCCCAGCUCAAGAACCAGCUGGAGGAGUCGGAGUUCACGGGCGCAGCCGCAGUCAAGGCCCGCAAGGCUAUGGAGGUGGAGAUCGAAGACCUGCACGUCCAGAUGGAUGACAUCUCCAAAACCAAGCUCGCCCUGGAGGAGCAGUUGAGUCGUGUGCAGCGGGAGAAGAACGACCUGCAGUCUCGCAUGGAGGAGGACCAGGAGGACCUCAACGACCUCAUGAAGAAGCACAAGGCUGCCGUGGCACAGUCCUCUCAGCACCUGGCCCAGAUCACGGACCUGCAGGCCCAGCUGGAGGAGGCGCUGAAGGAGAAACAGGACGUCCAGGAGAAGCUCCAGUCUCUGCAGAGCCAGCUGGAGUUCCAGGAGCAGUCCAUGGUGGAGAAGUCGAUGGUCAGCCGGCAGGAGGCCAAGAUCCGCGAGAUCGAGACCAAGCUGGAGUUCGAGAAGACGCAGGUCAAACGCCUGGAGAGCCUGGUGGCACGUCUGAAGGAGAACGUGGAGAAGCUGACGGAGGAGCGGGACCAGCGCAGCGCCAGCGAGACCCGCGAGAAGGAGCAGAACAAGCGCUUCCAGCGGCAGGUCCGCGACAUCAAGGAGGAGAUGGCCGAGCUGUCCAAGAAGGAGGGCGAGGCCAGUCGCAAGAAGCACGAGCUGGAAAUGGACAUCGAGAGCUUGGAAGCAGCCAAUCAGAGCCUUCAGGCAGAUCUGAAGCUGGCCUUCAAAAGGAUCGGCGACCUGCAGGCCGCCAUCGAGGACGAGAUGGAGAGCGACGACAACGAGGACCUCAUCAACAGUUUACAAGAUAUGGUGACUAAGUAUCAGAAACGAAAGAACAAAACUGAGGGGGAGUCGGGCUCCGACUCCGAGGCGGACGAUCGCGUGGACGGGGUGAAGUCGUGGCUGUCUAAAAACAAGGGCUCCGCCAAGAACCUGUCAGACGACGGGAGCCUGAAGAGCUCAAGCCCUCCUUCAAGAAGACGUUACCUCUACGAUCGAUCUGAUGAAGAGGAGGAGGAAGAAGAAAAGGAAGAGGGCGGUGCAUCCCGAAGCUCCUACCGCUCCCGAUACACACGCAGCUACCUGAACGACAGCGACAGCGAGGACAAGGCCUCCGAGACAACAGCAUAGCCGGACUCUCUCACACACACACACACACACAUACACACACACAGACACACACACACACACACACGUUCACAUGGAUGCACAUACUCGCUCAUUUAAAAAAAAAAAAAAAGACUUUUUGCCUCUCGGUGUUGGCCCUCAUCACUAUACUCACCAACACCAGUUCCAGAACCAUCUCCUGUCUCUUGUAAACAGCAUGAAGUAGAGACGGGAGCUCCGUAGGACUCCUCCUGGCUCCCUCUCCACCCCACUAAAUGACCACUCUACUGUACCGCACGUCAGACUGGAAAACACAACACACCGUGACAAAACAACAGAGCUGUCCUAACUCUCCUUCUUAGUUAUCAGUUACAUUGCUGUUACUAGCCCUUUACUUGUACAUAGCGUGGUGAGCUUUAAAAAAGCAUUAGAGUGAUGCGAACUCUUGAGGAUUCACAGCUUCGUCCAUUUUUAUUUAAUUUCCUCCCUACCGUAUCCUCUAUCUUCUCCUCCUCCUCCUCCUCCUCUUCUUCCUCUUCGUCUUCUCGCUCGCCGCUCUUUUCUCUGUAAGCCCAGUGCCUCUGAUGAUGAUGAAGGCUCUGUGCUGUGUCCAGCUCGCGCUGUUCGAUAACUCCUCGCUGCCUGGCUUCCUGUCCCUGGGCCACCCUAAGGGCCUCGACUGCUCACCUGCAUCCCAACCAGUACUGAGCCAAAGACUGCUAGCAUGACUCAAGACAGCCAGAAACUUCCAUUUAAUGUUUUUUAUUUUAUUUUUUUUUCUGCGGCAUCAUUAAGAGUUAAGAACAGGAAGUUGUUUGAAAUAAAAAGAGACCGAGAGAGAGACAGCAGACAUUGAGAGAGAGAGAGAGAGAGAGAGAGAGAGAGAGAGAGAGAGAGUGACAGACAGAUAGACAGACAGACAGAGAGAGGAAGAGGGAGAAAAUAAGUACCAAGAAAGGGCCUUUUGUAGUGAGAGCCUGUGCAUAUACGGAGGUGGAGCUUUUUUACUUUGGCUCCCCAGAGAGGGGAGAGUAGGGGGAAGAGAAGUGCCGCCAAUUUAAGCGGGCGCUCCCCUGCAGCUGUUUCCUCUGCCAGCUGUGUCUCUCCGCGUGUGCGCUCGCUGAACUGCUGAGCUCCCCUCUCUUCUCAGAUAGCGCUCGAGAGGAAGAAGAGAGAGAGAGAGAGAGAGGAGAAGGAGGAGGAGGAGGAGGGAGAGGGGGAGAGAUAUGGUGUUUGUUUUUUAACUUGAUUGAUGGCGGGGGACAAAGUAAGACUAUAGAGCUAGCAGUUUGUUUAACGAAAAGUGCACUGUCGCUAUUGUUUUGCCGCCUCAACUUUGUUGUGAUGUAUGUUUGAGGAAAAAAAAGAAAAGAAACAAAAAACAGAAAACAAAAACAAACAAACAAGGGUGAGGAAGAAAAACCGAGCGCCUUCGCUGUAUGGAAAUUCAUUUUUUUUGCGGCCCUUAAACUCACCCCACGAAAUGCCUUGUCUGGUUUUAUUUUUUCGAUUGAACUCACUGAAGUACUCACAGUUGUGGUUGUGAUUGGUCUCUGGCUCAGCUUUGAGUUUUGUGUUUCUCUUUGAUGUUCUGAUGCUUUUCUUAAUCUAGUUGAUCAUAGACAGCCGUGGCUUUCCAAAGGGAAUGUACUUGAUAUUGGGUACGGUGCUGUGUGGUAAUGGUUAUCUCCUUAACUAUCUUAACUCCUCGCUGCGCAGCUGCAGUCGUAUAAAAAAAAAAAUACUGGACAACCAAUGGCUCUCGAAACAUCUCUUGAAACAAGAUGAGGAAGAUCGGAGAAACUGCCUCGUACACGAGGCAUCGGAGCAGGUUUGAAUGGAUACUUGUUACAGAACACGUACUGUGAAAUCCUCUUUUGAGCCUCUGAAGAAGACACCGCAGUAUUCUGGCCUUACCCUAUGACUAUAACACUCUUUCAUCGAGAAGAGGUGCACUUUUGACCUGGACAAACAGGCUCCUCUGGAUUUUAUGGUUGCCUAUAUUGUAUUCUUUCGCUUGUUGCCAUAGUAUUUAUGAACUAGCAUCGAUGAGUUGAGCACAUGCCAAAAUGCAUAUGGUUACACAGAUUUUAGCAGUGGGUGUAUGGAUUUAUUUGCUACUUUGUUUUUGAAGGGAGAUUGUGAUUGUAUUUUACACACAAGUCUAUGACUAUCCUAUUUUCUAUGCAGUUGAUAUUAAGUUGAAAGGUGAGUGUGUUUUUAUCUUCUGGUUUUCAUCAACUUUGCUCAUUAAACCACAAAAAAGACAUGCAGACAUAACAUUGCUGGCUGUACACAUUAAUAUAAAUAUAUAUAAAUAUCUGUAUGAUUCAUUUUAGCUUCCAAAAUAGUUCAUGUUUAUUUUCUUUAUUGAACAAAUGACCACUUGUUAUAAGUAAUAAUUUUGCAUUACAAUUUAAUAUAUUGUAAAUAAAUGAUGGUGAUUGUUUUAGAAGGUCUCAUCUGGCUCAUUUUUGUCAGUUGUGUUUUUGCUUUGAAAUGUUCAUUUGCUUAAUGUCAUUGUGUAAAUAUGCAUACAACAUAAUCAGAAAUAUGACUUGAGUAUUUUCUGUUUUGCAUUAGACGAUAAAUGUGACUAUGAUCUCGCAGUAUA